UACGUUCUUUCGCGGUUCCAUUCCUGCAACUGCAAGGGAAGCGCCUACACUUUCUCUCUUCUUUUCUUUGGCCUGAGAUUGGAGCAACCACGGAGCCGACAUUCCUCCACCAUCUUUAUCUUCUUCCUGCUUUCUCUCUGGCACCACUUUAUUCGUACUUCCAGUUUCUUCCUUUUUCUUUGCUCCCAUCCUCAAUUUAUCAGAAACCUUCUAUCGAGGUGCUACCAUUUUGAGAUACAUUUCAUUUACAUGCUUCUAUUUUUCUCUUUGAUCAGCAACUUGAAGUAGCUUCUUAUUUUCUCGGUUCAUCUUGGCUUUUUUUUCCCCCCUUUUCCUGUUCCAUUUGAUUGGGCUCUUUGGAUCUUUGACUGUCAAGGAAUGCGAAGAACUUGGUUUGUUGUUCAUGGGCUCUGCUGUUUCUGCUUAACGUGACAUGCACUUGUUGCUGUGUUCGUUCUUGAAUUGAUCUUCUUUACAUUUAUAUAGAUUGGCUGUUUCGUUGUGGUAUCUUCUUUCUCUUUUUUUUGUGCAUUCUUAACUGCACAGAUUUUUCUUUUUCUUUAAAUCUUAGGAUGUGGUGUCAAUGCUCUUUCAUUUUCUCUGUUCGUUUAACUCUAUGGGCCGUGUUGCGUAGUGGUGAAUUUGGUAUAAGUUUUAGUUGAAUAAUCGUUGCAGGCAAACUUCACUGAGCACAUUUGGAUUGAUUGUGGAAGCUUUGGUAGACAUUGAGUGGGAUGGCGGGUGAGAAGAUGGGCGGUCUGCAGUCGGACGGGGAAGAGUACUCUGUUAUUGGGGAUGAAGCUGAUGUUGUUCAUAUAGAUUAUCAAGAUGAUCCGUCUGUACUGGACGUUGACGUUAGCAAUGAGGGGCCGGUUGUCAUUUCUUGCCCUUUCCCCACUGUUGAAGGAAAACCCAGGUCGAUUGUUGCCGGAGAAACGGCUGUUGAUGUUAUCACAGUAACAAACACCACAGAUGAUCCAAUUGACCUGUGGGCAGUCAAGAUCUACACUUCAACUCCUUCAGAGUCGUUCGCCCUUUCAUUAACCGAGCCUCCUUCAGAUAAGUCGGAUGAGGCUACUCUGAGUUUCUUCUUUGAGACCAUGUCUCUAGAGGAUAGAGUGCUUCAAGGAGGCCAAACUAUUCAAAUUUGGUUGUCCUGCAAGCCGAAGGAUAUUGGCUUGCACACAUGCAUCAUACAUUUUGAUGCAGGAAACAAAAUGAUUGAGCGAGUGGUCGUUCUACUGGCAGACGAUAAGCUCUCCCAGCUCUUGGCUCCGAGUAGGCCUUACAAUAGAGGACCCCGUAGAAGGGCAGCAUUUAACACAGACAAAUUUGUUAGAGGUGUGCCGGUGCCUGAAAAAAGAGGAACACAAGGAUCGAAAAGAGGAGUACGUGGGUCCAAAUAUGGGUUGCCUGAAUUUCCCAUACCGGAGGAAGUCAAGAGACUCGUGGAAAAUAAACAGCUCCCAGAUAUUCUGUUUCAGCAACUAUCAUCUGAAAAUUAUGUCACAUUCUUCACUACCCUUCUUAACAUUGAAGAACUGCAUAUCAAGGAUGCUAUGAGAGAGCAUGACAUGCAUGGAGUCGGGAUGGAGAAGAUUGACAUUGAGUUCUUAACACUUGAUGUUCCUGGCUUAGCAGAAAAGAGGCCUUCGCUUAUCUGUGGAGAUUAUGUGUUUGCUAAACGUCGUGCUGAAGAUGAUACCCAGCCAUACGAGGGUAUCAUUCACAGGGUUGAGGCUGAGAAAGUGUUUUUGAAGUUUGCAAAGGAAUUUCAUCGUGGUCAUCGUGAAGGUAGCUUGUAUGAUGUGAGCUUUACAUACAAUAGGCUGAACAUGAGGCGGUUGUAUCAGGCCGUUGAAUCAGCAAAUAACUUGGGGAACAGUACCCUUUUCCCACCUGAUACAUCCAGAAGGAGGUUGAAUAAAGCAACACCCCUUGCUCCUUUCACAGAAGAUCUGAAUGAGGAGCAGGCAUCUGCCAUCAAUAUGAUACUUAAAUGUCGAGGAUCCCCUCCUUAUAUAAUUUAUGGUCCUCCAGGUACUGGCAAGACAAUAACUCUAGUGGAGGCAAUUUUACAAGUAUGUGCUACCAGAAGAGGUGCACGAAUUCUGGUAUGUGCAUCAUCAAACUGUGCAGCAGACCAUAUUUUGAUGAAAAUUGCACCUUAUGUCAAGGCGAAUGACAUAUUUAGGUUGAAUGCAUACACUCGCCCAUAUGAAGAUGUUCCAUUUGAUGUUCUUUCUUAUUCCUGUGUGGACGAUUCAGUUUUCAGAUGCCCACCACUUGGUGAACUCUCUAGAUACAAGAUCAUUGUGUCCACUUACAUGAGUGCAUCUUCACUUUUUGCCAUGGGCAUGCGUAAGGGUCACUUCUCUCACAUAAUGUUGGAUGAGGCUGGUCAGGCCUCAGAACCAGAGACAUUGAUUCCUGUGUCUAAUCUUUCUGACAGGGAAACUGUUGUUGUAUUGGCUGGAGACCCUUUACAAUUAGGUCCUAUUGUUCAUUCUAGAGAAGCAGAAACAUAUGGAUUGGGGAAAUCAUUUUUGGAGAGGUUAUCAGACUGUGAAAUUUAUAGUAGAAAUGAUCGUAACUUCAUGACGAAGCUAGUAAGGAAUUAUCGCUGCCACCCAUCAAUCCUGGAACUUCCUUCACGGCUUUUUUACAAUAAGGAACUGAUUGCUUGUAAGGAAGAAGAGGAUGACAUAUCCAUACAUGACUGGCCAGACCUUCCAAAUAAAGAAUUUCCAGUUGUCUUCUAUGGUAUUCAAGGUUGUGACGAAAGAGAAGGAAACAAUCCAUCAUGGUUUAAUAGGAUUGAGGUAAGCAAGGUUGUGAAGAUUGUCCAAAAUUUGAAAGAUUGUGCAAAAGUCCUAGAUGAAGACAUUGGGGUGAUAAGUCCCUACCGUCAGCAAGUGCUCAAACUUAAAAAGGUAUUCGAGACCAUGGAGUUGUCUGAUAUUAAGGUUGGCAGUGUUGAACAAUUCCAAGGGCAAGAGAAGCAGAUUAUCAUAAUAUCUACUGUCAGAUCAACUGUCAAGUAUGAUGCAUUUGACCAGAAGCAUCACCUUGGAUUUUUAUGCAACCCAAAGAGGUUCAAUGUGGCAAUCACUCGUGCAAGGUCUCUCCUUAUAAUUGUUGGGAACCCCCAUGUCAUUUGCAAGGAUGUGCACUGGAACCAGCUGCUUGGGCACUGCACAGAGCAUGAUUCUUACCAAGGAUGCCCACUGCCUCAGCCAGAUGUAGCACAAUACGAAGAAGAAUAUCAGGAUGAGAAUGAAUACAAUGCGAGCGAAGGAUACACUCAUCCAUGUGCCAAUGAAGCAUGUGGUGGUGGGAAUGUGGAGUACGAAGAUUUGCCUAAGCCUGUAACUGAUGAAGCUGAAUGGUCUGAUGGUUGGAAAUGAAUCAUGGGCACACUAUAAAUAUAUGCCCCUUUUUUUGUCCUUAGUCAUAUUCAAAAUCACAGUGCCAGGAAAUGGUAAACUAGUUCAUGAGUUCUUAUAUUGAAAUACUUCUUCAAGAAUAGUUGCAUUAAUAGACAUUCUUUGUACUAUAAAUUAGCAAACCCUGGAGGUUGUUGAUAUGA